AUGAACAGCCACGCCUCUAUCGUCGAUCUCACCUCGUCCGCUCCGUCCACUAGACCUCCCCGGCCCUUCCCCGUCCGCCUCUCCUCAUCACCGCAACAAGCCACUGGAGACUUUGCCUCCUCUUCUUCCUCUUCCUCUACGCCUCACAGGGGCCGACAAAUUCACCGUGGUGUAAAGCGCCGGCGUCUGAGUAGUGACAGUGGCUCCCGGGCAUCGGCACCAUCGGCGCUGGCUCAGCCGGAAGAUGAUGAAGACUUCGUGGAAGCAAUCGACUUGACAGGUGUGGAUGGGUCCGUUUCGCUGGCAAAGGCACUGGCAAAGCAGCGAGAGGAUGCAGUCAAAGCUCAACAAUCGCUCGAACACGGGAAGGGGCGUUCGGUUCUGGCCUCGUACAACUGCCCCGUGUGCAUGGACACACCCGAGGAUGCGACAAGCACAGCCUGUGGUAAGUCAUCCGGUCCGAAAAUUCUUCGGCGCAGGACAUGGGCACUGAUUCUCAGUCUACAGGUCAUCUCUUCUGUCACAAAUGUAUCAUCGACUGUUUGA